UCAGCGCCCACAUUCAUUGCUCAGCGUUGGUGUAGUUUAGACGUGCUCUUGUGUCGCGCAUUAUUUCACAAGUAUUUCAAGAAGCGAAUUGUGUGUAACAUUGUCUCACGGCAAUAUUUUCUAACCCAUUUUUAUCCAUAACCAUGGGUUACAUUACAAACGACAAAUCUGUUGUUGACACUUGUGAGAGUAAAAUCGAAUCACUCUCAAAUUGGAUCCGUCAAGUUAAAAGCAAAUCUCGCAGUGCCAAGAAAAACAAAAGUCGUCAUCUCAGAAUUAUCGCGAUUUUGAGCACCUCUCUAUCACGUGCCGAGAAUGAGCUCAUUGCGGAACAAAGAGAACGUGCCAGAAUUUGGGCGGAAAUGGAAGCAGACCUCGGACCAACAACAAAUAAGGAAGAAGAAAUGGCCAGGCAGCAGCGAGAGAAAAUCGACAACAUAUGGAAGAAUGAACUGAGCGGGCUAGAUAAUUUUUUUAAAGAAUUAGACAAUGUCAAACCAAUGUCUAAUUCUUCUAGUAAACUAAGUAAAUAAUACUCACACAUACGCCUACACGGCAUGGAACUCAAACACUGACACCAAUAAUGGAAUAUCGCUACUACGGAUAGCUGAAGAAAUUAAGUCG